CAGUGAGGCCGGGUCGCUUGGGUGCAGCUCCGACAGAGAAGGAAGCAGAGUUUCCGGCUGUUUGCAGCGGAGCUUGAGGAUUGGUGACGCCGCGAAACCCCGAGAAAAACGCCACCGGCAGCGGGGGCUAGUAGUUUAAAGCGUCGGCGCUGUUCCUUUCCUCUAAUCAGGUGGGAUCUGGGGGCAGGUGGGGUUUCUACGGGACAAGGGGGGACCUGAGCGACAAGCCGAGCGAAGAAGCUGCACAAGGCGGAGGUUAGCCACCAGCUACCGGCAUGGCCAGGGACUACGAUUACCUCUUCAAGCUGCUCAUCAUCGGUGACAGCGGAGUGGGGAAGAGCAGUCUCCUUUUGCGAUUCGCAGACAACACAUUUUCAGGUAGCUACAUCACCACGAUAGGCGUGGACUUUAAGAUCCGGACAGUGGAGCUCAACGGGGAGAAGGUGAAGCUGCAGAUCUGGGACACAGCGGGCCAGGAGCGCUUCCGCACCAUCACCUCCACAUACUACAGAGGAACGCAUGGGGUCAUAGUGGUUUAUGACGUCACGAGUGCCGAGUCCUUCGUCAACGUCAAACGAUGGUUACAUGAAAUCAACCAGAACUGUGACGACGUGUGCCGAAUAUUAGUGGGAAACAAGAACGACGACCCCAGCUCCAAGGUGGUUGAGACGACCGACGCGCAGAAGUUUGCAGAGCAGAUGGGAAUCAGCCUGUUUGAGACGAGCGCAAAAGAGAAUAUCAACGUCGAAGAGAUGUUCAACUGCAUCACAGAGCUGGUGUUAAAAGCCAAGAAGGAGGUGCUAGCCAAGCAGCAGCAGCAGCAACAGAACGACGUGGUCAAACUCACCCGGAACAGUAAACGAAAGAAAAAGUGCUGCUAGCAAACUGAUCCCCGAACGGCUGGAGGCAUCGUCGCUCCACACACUCAUUCAACACACCAUGGGACUCAGAGCAUCUAAAUUAAAGAGCAGAUAAAGAUUUAUUAAAUAUACAGUAAAAGAGAAAAAAAAAUCAAAGAAAAUACAUGGAAAUAUGUCCCCUUUGGACAAACUAAUCCUGAAGACUUUAAAAAAAGAAAUUGUACAGAUUUUUAUGAAAUGUCAGAUCAGGUUUUAUUUGGAAGGCAUCAGAUGAGCACUGUUUGACCUGAGGUCCUUCUUUGGUGAAGAAUCUGAAGCCAGCAUCUGAUUGACGCGAUGCUCAGAUUUGCGCGUGCAUAAUCCCCCGUCUUCUUCUCUCAGUCUCUCAUCUCUCCUCCUCAUUCCACUGCACAUGGGACGCUCCAGGCCGAGGCUGGCCCCACACCCGAGUGGGAGGACUCGUAUUUCCUUUACCUUUUUUUUUUUUUUUCUUUUUCUUUGUUCGAUUAGUUGUUUUUGUGGCGGGAGCGAGGACUUUGUGCACGGCUCCAAAGAAACAAAGGUCCCGGCACCUCUGAAGAGCAUACAUUUCAGUCGCCUGUGUUCCUGCAGCCUCACGCCAACAGAUCAUGAACUUCUCAGUUUCAUUGUGUUUGACCCGAUUGGAGGGGGAGGGGGGGGAACCAAACCCAACAAUGAAGUUGAUUAGCGAACAUUUAGCAGUAGACGUAAAGGACGGAACUGGUGUUUUCUCGUGUAAUGUUUUUCUUUUUUCUGUGUUUUGCCAAGCUUCCCCUCCUAAAUCAUGUAACUUCCAGUAGCGCUGAGCCAACGGUGACUGAUCUGAUGUUUUCUAUUAUUUCUGGUUUAGUUUACUUGCAGCAGAGCAGUUGAAACCACUCCGGGAGCUCUGAUUGCACUGGUCACUGCAGUCUUACUACCCAUUCAAAGUUUGCUUUAAAUCUCUUUUCAUUCUCUUUUUUUUAACAAAAAUACUGCCAAUAUUAUAGAAUAACCAAAUUAUGUAUAAAUAUAUUCGGAGGCCAGCAGAGCCUCUCAUUGGACUGUUGCCAUAGCGGCCCUCGGCUGGCCAAGACCCAGGGUGAAUCGCCGCGUGAUGGGACCCUGUUGAGUCCUCAGGAAGUGCUCCCUCCCCCCUCCCCGCUCUGUUUCUGCUGCCACUAGCCUUGUGUUCCCUCUACACCCACAUAUCAGCGACGGACUCACCAUCUGCAGGCGAGGAAACCGGUUCCUGCAAGGCAUCGCUGGGACCUCGUCCUCAGAGCAGACUGUUUUUUUUUUGUCUUUUCUUUUGGUUCUGUUGUGAUUUUAUUUAGCAAGGGGGGGAGGGGAAAUCUGUGUAAACGGUAAAGACAUGCAUUCAGCGUGAGAACUGACUGAUCUCACGCUGCAGAAUAUUAACAGCUGUCUGUUUCAAGUCCUUCGUGAUGUUUUCCUCUCUUGUCACCGCCCUGCAGCCUGUUCAAACUGAAACGUUAGCAGUUAGUGUUUUCAGCGUCCACGCCGUCGGCCUCGUUAAAACAAGAACAAAUGGGAAUGAGCUGCAGCACUGGAUCCCCGUGUCUGGACCCGAGCCACGCGCCCCCCCCCCCGCCAGAGACGCUGGAGCAGCAGCACACAGCAUCUAUAACUGACAUUUUUAUUCGUUUAUUUAGAAUUGGGAGAGUUUGAUUGCAAGAGGAGGUGCUGUGGAGGUGUUUGUCUUCAGAGCGGGUUUUGGCAGGUUUGGGAUCCUGAUGCACGCCAAGAGGUCGCUCUGACCUGAAGGGCCUAGAAAUGGUAUCAGAAAUCUCACUCUUUGAUUUCUUUUUAUAUAUAUAUAUAUAUAAAUAAAUAUAUAAAUGUGUGUUCGUAUUCAAUAUAGAACAUACACACAGAAGUGGCACACCAAACUGUGCAUGUGGUACACAUGCCUCGUGUGCUGUGGUUCUAAAACACACUCGUCAGCUGUGGUUUGCUGUACACUGGAGAAAUGCAAAAGAUGUACUAUUCAACUUUCCCUACAUGAAUUAAUUCAGUAAUAAACGUUUUAAAGAAAUAAAUAUUUGACACAUAA